AUGAACGACAGCGUGUCAGCACCGAACAUCAUCGAGAGAGGGGUCUUUUUGAACAGACGAAAGAAGCAAAUACAGCUGUCUCACAUGAAACAGCGGACUAUUCUCGCGCUGGCGCUUCUUAUCCAAGUGACUUUGCAGUGGGCGUGGGGAGUUCUUAUGUUUGUUUCUCCAUCUUACAGCCAGACAGCAUGUAGCGCCAAUACCGUACUGCUGUUCUUUUUUGUGCCGUUAACUGCCCAAGAAAUCAAUGACGACAAGUUCUACGUCUGGGUCCUCUGGCUGCUAUUUUGUUUGGGAAUCACACUGCUUCUGACGAUCGUUCUGUCGGUGUCGAGUAGAACUAGAGCGGGAAAGACGCUCUCGCGGCGAUCGACGCUCUCCUCUCCCGAAACCUCAGCUUCGACUCCCGUAUACAGGCAGCUAUAUAAUACUGCAAUUGCAUCUAUACCCCCGUGGCAGGACCGCAAGAAGCAGCUUAUCUUCUGGGGGAACAUUGGUUUCGCGUGCCUCUGGAUCUUGUACAUAGUUUUAUCUGAACUACAAAUCCGCAUCAACUGCAUCUUCGAUGGAGAGAACAAUUUUGGAGGCUUUGGACAGAUCACUGCGCUAUUUCUGGCACUUACACCCGUCUGGAGCCUGACCGUCGCUUUAUACCGCUAUCCAAGUCAGCUGAGGAGACGACGCCGCAGAGAGUUGGAAGCGCUGGCUGCCGCUGCAAACGUGCGCACCAUGAGCCCGGAUACUCACAGCCACGGAGAAGCAUCUCCGCACCCGAUAACCUUCCAGCGGCAGUCUCCCACAAAUACUCGCUCUGCUGCCUCCUCGAGAGUUCGCCAAGGGAGGAGAAUGUCGACGAUGCGCAGCGCAAACGGUGGUGGAGAUUACAUAGAGCUACAGCUUCUCCCAGGAAACUCUAGUCGAGAUUAA